AUGAUUUCGCAGAAAGAAAUCUUUGACGACUUAGAAAAAUUUAUUAACUCUGAUAAAAGGGACACUAUAGAAUUGAGUUUAAGAACAAACGGUAGAAAUGUAAGUGAAAAAAGAGUAAUAGAAGUAAGCGAAGCUCUAGCUCAUUACAAAAACUUAAUAAGCUUAUAAUUAUUUUUCUAUUAUGCAAAAAUAGGAGAUAUAGGAGUCUCCAUUUUAGUAAAUUCCCUAAGCAAUUUUACGAAGAUCAAAUAGUUGGAAAUAAGUCUAAUUGAUAAUUAAGUUGGUGACGAUGGAGCUUUAGCUAUUGGAACAGCUUUAGGCUAAUUAAAGAAUCUAGCUAAGCUAGACCUAUGGAUAUAUCAUGCAAAAAUAGGAGAUAUAGGAAUCUCCAGUUUAGUAAAUUCCCUAAGCAAUUUUACGAUGAUCAAAUAGUUGGAAAUAAGUUUAAUUGAUAAUUAAGUUGGUGACGAUGGAGCUUUAGCUGUUGGAACAGCUUUAGGCAAAUUAAAGAAUCUAACUAAGCUAGAAAUAUGGAUAUAUUUAAACAAAUUUGGAGAUAGAGGAGCUAAAAAAAUUGAAGCAGGUUUGAGAAAUUGCUCCGAACUAAAAAGUUUAUCAAUAGGAAUAGGAACAAACAAUAUGAGUGAUGAGGGAUACCAAGAAUUUGAUAAAUGUUUUGCUUCAUUACCAAACUUAUUUUCUUUAUACUGUUACAUCAUGUAAAAUUUAUUUUUCUAUUUACUAUUUAACUGUCUUUUUUAAAUUAGUGAUAAAGAAAAAUUAUUAAAGUCUAGAGACAUAAUUGAAUGCAAAAACAUAAAUGUACUUACACUAUUUUUAGAAAGAUCUGAUAAAACAGUAAGUUUUGAGCACAAAGUAAAAGCACUUAAAAUCAAAAGGCUAGUUAAAUUUAGUGUGAGACAUUCUGGUUAUGUUUGA